GCUUCUCCGCGCUCCCGCGUUGUUUUGGGAACAUUCGGUAUCCCAGUGAGCACGCGCUUCCCGGACCGUAGCUGCCCGUCAUCGCUGGCGCUGACAUCACACGGAGGAUUUGCUACAAUGUCAAACACUCACAAGCAGCGCGAGCUCAUGGCUUCCCCGCGCCACAAUGACAAACACCGCCGCGUCCUGCUGCUCAUCCUCUAAAUACUACACAACUACGACCACAACUACGACCACCAUCCAUGGCUUUAUUCCGCGAUUUUGGACAGGAUGCGUUUGAGCAAAUCUAUGUGAGUGCGUGAGCCAGGUCAGAGGUCAUGUUGCGGAGGGAAUCAGACUCCCACGGCCUCUUUACCUUCGGAGAGACGUCCAACAAUGACUGUGAGAUGGGGGUGAGUUGCAGAGAGGUAGAUGUAGCGUGUCUGUGCGAGGCCGGUCCCUGUACACUUUAUUCAGAAGCACACACGCCUACGCCGGACACGCGGCUGUGUGAACGCUGUGGAAAAAACAAAGUGAUGGUAACCAGGUACUCUGAGGGAUACGGCACAGAGGAGGAGUGUGUGUUAUCUGACCCUCAGGGGGAGAGUGACGCAGAUGCGGAUAUAGAGGAUACAGACUGCAGACUCCAGGAGCCUGGUUCUCUCCAGCGAAUCAGCUCACGGAGACGGAAACGUCCUCGAGUAGCGCGACAAGACACCACGGAGAGCGAGGAUGAUGGCGGGCGAAGCCAUAGAUCCCAUCGAUGGAAUCUGAGGCUUAGUCCUGACAGAGCACACAGCAGAACCAUACUCGAGGAGAGCAUAUCACAGGUCAGGCCACUGAUCAUUUGCAGGCCAAACGUGGAGAAGCAGAAGAGUCCUGAUGAGGUGACCCGAGGCUCCAAACUGACGUCUCUGUGGCCGUCGUCCUUCUCUCUUCCUCUUAUCCUCCUCCUGUCAUUACCUCUCUCUGUUUCUCUCAUUGUUUUUAUCGUGUCUUUCCUCCUUCCGUGGGCCAGUGCUUGACCCGCCAUGCCUGCUUCAGGAUAUUAGUUUCAUUCCAGAAAUUACAGAAAGUUCUACUGACUCAUAUAAUGUAGGGGAUAGCGUAAUUUCUUUAUAAACGAGUAGAAAGACUUGAAGAUAAUAAUAGAUUAGCAAUACUGAAUUUGUGUUCAAUGUUUCUUUUCCUCCUUUCUUUAAAUAUCUUGACUUUAAGCGAAGGUCGUCCCUCGAAACCAAAAAGGCACUGAGAAACUUUCAUAACGCGGCGCAUUUUGAUCGAGAAUGUGUGCUCACAGUGAACACAACACAAACUCAGCUCCUGCCUCUGUCUCAUAAAAUCUCACCUUCCGUCUCACUUUUCCUCACCCCCUCAUUUGUAAAAAUAGACCUCUCAUCUCGCUCCUUAAUCUAACAAGCCACUGGAGUGACACGGAGGUGGGGGGGGGGGCAAGGUUUUAUGGCUUUGCAGGUACUUUUAAAAAGGAAACUAGGAGGCUCAGUAGGAAAACCUGCGAAAGACAAUGCUGCCGAACUAUGCAAUCCCUCUGUUUCUACCGCCGCAUCUUAACUGCUGUUCGAGUACGUCUCCUAUGUCCUUGGCACUGUCGACACCUUCGUGGCCCCCCGUCCCCUUUUCUUCCUCUGAGGAGUACAGUUUGUGAAUGCAGAGACUCGAUGGUUCCAAAGUAGAGCGUGACCCAAUUUAAAAAGCAUUACCAGGAGAGAUCUGAUACAGCUCCCAUCGUGUAUGAUCUACAGCACAUCUGUUAUAACGAAUAAAUUACAUGUAUUAAUUUACGCG